GUUUAUUUCUGUUCUGUUGAGUUGCAGGAACGCGUUCUUUUCUACUUUCCGUUCGAUUUUAUUUCCUUAUUAUUAUUGUUAUUACGAAUUUGUUUCACGUUUCGGUUUGGCUUGGUUUUUCAUUUUUAAACGGCACACAAUCAACACAAUUUGUUUAAUAAUAUUCCAGAAAUUAUUUGCUUCGGUUAUUUAUAUGAGUAUAACUUUUCCGUUUGUCUCGCAUUUUGUUUUUGUGGAGCGCUUUCUCGUUCGGUUUCAGUUUGGUUCGGUUAUUAUUAAAAAUAUAAAACCAAACAUACCCUGAAAAUUGUUUCGUAAUCGCGUAAAAACCAACAAAUCAGCAACCAGUUUUAUUUGAUUUUCCCUAUAAAGAAAUCAAAGUAAACUUUCGGGCAUACCACAUAACUCAUAGGUUGGCGUUGCUCUUUUAAUUAGGCUAUAGUAACAGCCAAGAUCUAGCAGAGGAAUUUUGUAAUCCAACUGCAGGCAGUUGCUCGACGUGUGCAUCUGAAUAGGACUUCACAGCAGUAUUAUAUCUACAGCCACUUAUUUGAUUAACUCACCAUCUCUGCUUCUGUAUUUUGAACAAGUUUUCGAAGAAGAAAACUCAGCAGCUUCCGCAUCAUGGUCGAGGGUCAAACAGCCGUGCAACAGCAGCAGCAACAACCAUCCGGAGCGGGCGCUGCAAGUGGCGUUGGAAGCACCACCGGAUCCGGGGGAGGACCGACUGCUGCCAACAAUGUGACAAACAGCCAGGCUCAAACCAACGGAGGUACCACUGCGGCAACAACUGCGGCAACGGGAACCGGAUCCACAGCAAAUACGACUGGUGGCCAAGCCACUCCAAACAGUGCAGCAAACAACAACAAUAAUAACAAUAACAACAACAAUAAUAACAACGCCACUGCAAACAACAACAACAACAAUAAUAAUGAACCGGACCCCAAGACCAAUUUGAUUGUGAAUUACUUGCCACAGACUAUGUCGCAGGAUGAGAUACGUUCGCUGUUCGUAAGUUUCGGCGAGGUGGAAAGUUGCAAGUUGAUACGUGACAAGGUGACAGGACAAAGUCUGGGUUAUGGAUUCGUCAACUACGUUAAGCAGGAGGAUGCGGAAAAGGCAAUCAAUGCAUUGAACGGCCUGCGGCUGCAGAACAAAACCAUCAAGGUCUCCAUCGCACGCCCCAGCUCGGAGAGCAUCAAGGGUGCCAAUCUCUAUGUAUCGGGUCUUCCAAAAAAUAUGACACAGUCGGAUUUGGAAUCAUUGUUCAGUCCAUACGGCAAGAUCAUAACCUCGCGUAUUCUUUGUGAUAAUAUCACUGGUCUCUCCAAAGGCGUUGGCUUUAUACGCUUCGAUCAGCGAUUUGAGGCCGACCGGGCCAUUAAAGAGUUAAACGGCACAACUCCGAAGAAUUCCACCGAACCAAUAACCGUCAAGUUCGCCAACAAUCCUAGCAGCAAUAAGAACAGCAUGCAGCCGCUGGCAGCCUACAUUGCGCCCCAGAACACGCGGGGUGGUCGAGCAUUUCCGGCCAAUGCUGCUGCCGGAGCGGCAGCGGCCGCCGCUGCAGCUGCCAUUCACCCCAACGCGGGCCGUUACAGCUCUGUAAUCUCGCGCUACUCACCGUUAACCAGUGACCUGAUCACUAAUGGCAUGAUUCAAGGCAACACCAUCGCUAGCUCCGGCUGGUGCAUUUUCGUCUACAAUCUAGCGCCCGAGACCGAGGAGAAUGUGCUGUGGCAGCUGUUUGGUCCCUUUGGAGCCGUACAGUCAGUCAAGGUGAUUCGCGAUCUUCAGAGCAACAAGUGCAAGGGCUUUGGCUUUGUCACCAUGACGAACUACGAAGAGGCGGUGUUGGCCAUUCAGUCCCUGAACGGCUACACACUUGGCAACCGAGUGCUUCAGGUCAGCUUCAAGACCAACAAGAACAAGCAAACGUAAUUAUUAACCAAGUUGGCUGCUGUUGUCAAUGCCAAUGCGGCGGCGGCAGCUUUGGCGGCCAAUGGUCUAGUCCUCCACAAUCAUCACCACCACAGCAAUAUCGGUAGCAUUAACAAUAAUAACAACAACAGCAACGGUUGCAACGCAGCAGCCUAUCAACUUGGCAAAUACGUUAACCACAAUAACAACAACAACAACAACAGGCAGCACAACAUCAGCAGUAACAUUAGCAUUACGAGCAAACAGAAGCAAGCAUCCUCGAGCAACAAGCAACAAUCAAUGGCGCCACCUAAGAGAUUACCAAGCGGCUCUGCAGCAACGACGGGAGAUCUCGCCGCAUCUGUCACCAACAGCAGUAGCAGCAACCACUCAGUUUCAAGUGGCGAUGCCGGAGCCAAUAUCAACGCCGCAUCUUCCUCGUCUUCGUCGAGCAACAUCCUGAAGACAUCAACAAAAUUCAUUUAUAAUAAGCCCCAGAAUCAUUACGAAUUGCUGCAGCAGCAGCUGCAGUUGCAGCAGGAGUUCGCCCAGUUCUUGACCAAUGUGGCCAAUAGCGCCGCCGCUCCACCCAACAACACCUCGGCCAACUCGGCAAGCCAGCGCAAUGGAGGUGGAACCAUUGGCAUGGGAAUGGGAAUGUCGACCAACUCAUCCGGCGGUGGUUCGGGCAACAAAAACAGUAACAGCAGCAAUGGCUAUGUGCCAACCUGGUCUAAUUGGUUCUUUUAGAGUCUACUUAGGUUUGUCAUCAGCCUACUUCAUGGAUUCUUAGUAGUAUUGGGCAUUGCCUACUCAGUUUUGUUUAAUUUCAAUAAGUUAGAAGAAUGCAAAAUAACGGACUUGUUAAUUUUUUGGUUUAGAAUUUGGUUAGUCAGUGAAGUAAGAGUAACCAUAACUUCAAAUAUGGUUUUUUUUUCGUUAAAUAUGUUUUGAAAACAAGUUUUUGCUUUUUCGUAUAUAUUAUUUAUUCAUCUUAGAUUAGACUCAAUUUGUAUUACUUACAUUUUUCGUUGAUGCACUUUAAAAACGUCUAGUCGACUCUCCUAAAAGAUAAUAGCUUCCAGAGAGAAUAGAAAAAAGAAGAAGAAACAGAGAAGGAAAAGCUGUAGUUAAGUUUUUGUUUGAGAUGUAGAAGAAAGCAUACUCUACGGAUAUUUUUAAACAGAGAAUAAAAAUACAAUUUGCAGGCAUAGAGCCCCAAUCCACCAAAGAAUGAAAACAAACUUGACAAAUAUUUAAGCUAUAAAUAAAUGUAUAAAAUGAGAUACGAAAACAGAACUGAAUGCGUAAACAGAUAGAAGCGUUUGGCUUAUAGUCAAACCACUUUGCAAAUAGACAAUGCAGAAUGAGAAGGAAAGCUAGAUGCGGAAUACCAAAAAAAGCAAGACAUACGUGUGUUUAUGUUUUAUAAAUUAAAUGUAUAACUUUUGCUAAAAAUAAAUGAUGUAUGCAUAAUA